CAAAUCAGUUGUAAGACAAGAAGCUUUGGCCAGUCAGCUGAAGCUGUUCUGCAGCUUCUCCUCGGCGGUGAUGGAAACCUUGGUGGGAACUGAACUUUGCUUUCCACAACUCAUCAACACCUCAUGCAGAAAAACAAUUCAUCCUCACUUAGAAGCAACGUUGAUUUACAUUUUGUUGUCCUCCAUCUCUCUGCUCACUGUAGUUCUCAACCUGCUGGUCAUCAUCUCCAUCUCCCACUUCAAGCAGCUCCAGACCCCCACCAACCUCCUUCUCCUCUCUCUGGCCGUCUCAGAUUUCUUCAUGGGCCUCUUCAUGAUCUUUCAAACAAUGAUCGAGGGCUGCUGGUUGCUCGGAGAUGUCAUGUGUUAUCUUUGGUUGAUUCUAUCAUCCGUUGUUUUUUUGUCCUCAAUUGAAACAAUGGUGCUCAUAUCAGUGGAUCGAUAUGUGGCUAUUUGUUAUCCUCUGCAUUAUUUCACCAAAGUCAAGCGAAAAAGCGUUCAAGUCUGUGUUUGUCUGUGUUGGAUGUUUGCUGCUUUAAUUAACAGUGUACUGCUUAAGAAUAACCUGCAACAUCCAGGCAGGUACAACUCCUGCAUAGGACAGUGUGUCAUUGACAGGAACUACAUCGCUAGUAUUUUUGAUCUAAUUGUUACAUUCAUUUUUCCCAUUACUGUUAUUAUCAUACUAUAUAUGAGAAUAUUUGUGGUGGCUGUGUAUCAGGCUCGUGCCAUGCGGUCUCACAUUGCAGUUGUGACACUGAAAGCAACCGUUAAAAAGUCUGAAAUGAAAGCAGCCAGGAAUCUUGGUGUUCUUGUAGUUGUGUUUCUGAUAUGUAUUUGUCCAUAUUACUGUUUUGUUCUUACAUCUCAAAAUAACGUGUACCCAACCUCAUCUGUAACGAUUGUAAUAUGGUUGAGUAAUUGUAACUCUUGUCUCAACCCUCUGAUCUAUGCCAUUCUCUACCCCUGUUUCAGAAAAUCAAUUAAGGUCAUUGUUACACUUCAGAUACUGAAGUCUGGUUCCUAUCGGACCAACAUGCUUUAGCGGCACGCUGCAUGUGUCUAAAUUUAAAC